AUUCUAGCAGUAAUUUCUUCAGCAUGCAUAUGGCAAGAGAUAAAGCUUCAAGUCAUCCAUACAAACAUGGGCAGAAAAUAAAACUUCCUUAGGAUUUUGAAUUAUAAAGCAAGCGGCUUCCUGGAUUUUCCACCUGCAGAGAGGAAGACUAAUCAUCUGUUGUUGCUGCUGACUGAGAAUGCUGCUGUACAUCUCGUGCAUGGUGUGGGCUUCAAACAUCAUUUUUCUGCAGGGCAGGUCUGUGCUCUGUAAGGAAAUGAAGUUCCCCAGCAGGGGAACCAAGCCCCCCUCUCCAUCUGACUUUCUAGACAAACUGAUGGGACGAACAUCUGGCUAUGAUGCUCGCAUCAGACCGAACUUCAAAGGUCCGCCUGUCAACGUCACCUGUAACAUCUUCAUCAACAGCUUUGGAUCCAUCACUGAAACGACCAUGGACUACCGCCUCAAUGUGUUUCUGCGGCAGCAGUGGAAUGAUCCUCGACUGGCAUAUAAGGAGUAUCCAGAUGACUCUCUGGACCUGGACCCUUCUAUGUUGGACUCCAUUUGGAAACCCGACCUGUUCUUUGCAAAUGAAAAGGGAGCAAAUUUCCAUGAGGUUACAACAGACAACAAACUGCUUCGGAUAUUCCAGAAUGGAAAUGUCCUCUACAGCAUCAGGCUGACACUGAUUCUUUCCUGUCCCAUGGAUUUGAAAAACUUCCCCAUGGACAGCCAGAUUUGUACCAUGCAGCUUGAAAGCUUUGGCUACACAAUGAAUGAUCUUAUUUUUGAAUGGCUGGAUGUGGGAGCAGUGCAGGUUGCUGAUGAUCUGAUGCUUCCCCAGUUUGUGCUGAAAGAAGAGAAAGGGCUCGGCUACUGCACCAAGCACUACAACACAGGCAAGUUCACUUGCAUUGAAGUCAAAUUCUACUUGGAGCGUCAGAUGGGCUACUACCUGAUCCAGAUGUACAUACCCAGCCUGCUCACAGUCAUCCUGUCUUGGGUGUCCUUCUGGAUCAACAUGGAUGCGGCUCCGGCCAGAGUGGGACUGGGCAUCACGACGGUGCUCACCAUGACGACACAGAGCUCUGGCUCCAGGGCCUCCCUGCCAAAGGUGUCCUACGUGAAAGCCAUAGACAUCUGGAUGGCGGUUUGUCUUCUUUUUGUGUUUGCUGCACUACUGGAAUAUGCAGCCGUUAAUUUUGUUUCACGCCAGCACAAGGAGUUCUUCAGACUGAGGAAGAAGCUCAAAGAACAGCAGUGGCAGAGAGCUGUGAGUGCAGCCCACCCACUCAGCCCCUCGGGCAGCUGUCACCUGCUAUUCCCUGCGCCCAGCUAUGCACGAGCUGCAGAGCUCAGCUGCAUGUUGCACUCCAGCUGGGAAAUGCUGACAGCACUGACCUGUUUCUAUGACAUACGCAGGCGUUUUGUGGAGCAGGCAAAAAGGAUUGAUACUAUCUCUCGAGCGGUUUUCCCCAUGAGUUUCCUCGUGUUUAACGUUCUAUACUGGCUUACCUACAAAGUUGUACAACAUGAAAACACUCAUGCCACACUGUGACAACACAAGAGACCAUAAAGUGACUGGAUUCAUUAAAUGUUGCUCUCUUCGCUGUAACAUUUACAGGCUGACAGCCCUCAGCUAUUGUUUACGCAUUUCACUGAUGCCAAAAGUGUCCAGAGCUACAGGUUUCAUAUCACAGAGACAAGACAUUUAUCUCUACAAGCAGGAAUCACACAAAACAUGUUUGUUUCUUACCUUGACUAUGAUUGAUAG